AUGUCAGCCUCUGGUUCAGGAAGAGUGAGGAAGAGGAAAAAUGUUGCUGGUCACAGAUCUGAUCCUGGUUGGAAACACAGCAUUGAAGUGGAUGUUGCAAGCAAAAAGACCGGGUGUACAAUUAUGUCCGAUGGAUGGUCGGAUAGAAAGAGAAGAUCAAUUUGUAAUUUUCUUGUCAAUAGACCUAAUGGAACUAUCUUUCUAUCGUCAUUAGAUACAUCCGACAUUUCAAAAGCCGGUGAAAAGGUUUUUGAGAUGUUAGAUGAGAUUGUUGAGAAGGUUGGAAUUGAGCAUGUUGUGCAAGUGGUGACCGACAAUGCUUCUAAUUAUAAGUUGGUGGGAGAAAUGUUAAUGGAUAAGAGGAAGAGCUUGUUUUGGACACUUUAUGCCGCUCAUUGCAUAGAUUUGAUGUUAGAGGAGGAUAGAAAGAGAAGAUCAAUUUGUAAUUUUCUUGUCAAUAGACCUAAUGGAACUAUCUUUCUAUCGUCAUUAGAUACAUCCGACAUUUCAAAAGCCGGUGAAAAGGUUUUUGAGAUGUUAGAUGAGAUUGUUGAGAAGGUUGGAAUUGAGCAUGUUGUGCAAGUGGUGACCGACAAUGCUUCUAAUUAUAAGUUGGCGGGAGAAAUGUUAAUGGAUAAGAGGAAGAGCUUGUUUUGGACACUUUGUGCCGCUCAUUGCAUAGAUUUGAUGUUAGAGGAUUUUGAUAAGCAAAUCCAACUUCAUCGAGCUGCGGUACCUCUCAUUAAAGUACUUAGAUUGGUGGAUUCGGAUGAGCAUCUGGCGAUGGGAUUCAUUUACGAGGCAAUGGAUCGUGCGAAAGUGGAAAUUCAAAGCAAUUUCAAUAAUGUUUUCACAUACUAUGAUCCUAUAUGGACCAUCAUUGAUAGAAGAUGGGAAUCCCAACUCCAUCACCCAUUGCAUGCUGCAGCGAAUGCUCGACAUGGAUGUGAUUCGGAUGAAGACGAAGUGGAGGCCCUUGCAAGGAAUUUGGAAGAAGCUUGUUGUGAUCAUAUUGGUAGAGAACAUGAUGAAGUUCAUGAAGUAAGUGAUAAUGAUGCUAUGGAUCAAAACAUGGAUGCUCGAAGGGAUUUUGAUCAUGACUUUGAAGAUGCUACUAUUAGUGAAGACAUUGAGGACUUGGACGGCACCGGGGGUGGUGAUGAUGAUGAUGAUGAUGAUGUGGCAAUGAUUAAUGUUGAUUGUGCAAUAAUGAUGAUAAUUUCGGCGACAAUGAUGACUUAUUGUAGUUUUUAUUUGUUCUUCCUUGAUUUAGUUUGUUUUGUUUUCAUUAAGAAACAAUGA